CGUGACGUCACAUCAGUCCAUCUCUCCGCGCCCCCUCAGCGCUGUCACUACAGAAAGCGGCCCCGCCCCCUUUUUACUGACACCUGCGAUAGCGCCGCGACUGUGCGACACCUGAGGGGAACGGGAACAGGUGGCGCCAUGGAUCUCGUCCUCAAUGUAGCGGAUGAUUAUGUCUUCUCCCCGUACGUGUACCCGGCGGCCUGGAGCGAGGACGACCCCCUGCGCCAAUUCCUCAGCCUCCUGGUGGUCACCAAUCUGGGGGCGGUGGUCAUAUACCUGCUCUUUGGGGCGCUCAGCUACUACUUCAUAUUCGACCACAACCUGAUGAAACAUCCGCAGUUCCUGGAGAACCAAGUGCGGAGAGAGAUCAUCUUCUCCCUGAAGUCCAUGCCCUGGAUGAGCGUCCCCACUGUCGGCCUGUUCUUGGCUGAAGUCCGAGGAUAUAGUCGGCUUUAUGACAACAUUGACAGCUCCCCCUAUGGCUGGUUUGGCGUCAUCCUCAGUAUGAUCUCGUUCCUCUUCUUCACGGAUAUGGCAAUAUACUGGAUCCAUCGUUUCCUGCACCACAAGCUGAUGUACAAGAACGUGCACAAGCCUCAUCACUUGUGGAAGGUGACCACCCCCUUCGCCAGCCAUGCCUUCCACCCACUGGACGGCUUCCUGCAGAGCCUCCCGUACCACAUCUACCCCUUCAUCUUCCCCUUACACAAGGUCACCUACCUGGGCCUCUACAUAUUUGUCAACAUCUGGACCGUGUCCAUCCAUGACGGGGAUUAUCGGGUCCCCAAGGUCUUCGAGAGCAUCAUCAAUGGCGCCGCUCACCAUACCGACCAUCACCUCUACUUCGACUAUAACUUCGGACAGUAUUUCACACUCUGGGAUAAAAUCGGCGGAUCCUACAAGAACCCGUCAGCCCUGGAAGGGAACGGCCCACAUGACCUGUGCAGGAAACUGGGAAAAGUGAAUAACAGCGAAUCUAAGAAGAGCAACUAAAGUCCUGGUGCGGUAAAGAUGGCUUCCGGCAUUCUGUGCACCUUAUCUACUUAUUAACCUCUUCCUGCACCAAGUCCACUCUGCUGCAUGAGGGGGGGGGGGGAAGCAAAAUGCCACAGAUGGGAUCCAUGUAAUUGCAGCAUAAGGGUUAAUGAAUGACAACUAAAUCAGGGGCCCAGAAUAAUCCAGGAAUCUGGGGACACAAUAUUCAUGGAUACAGACUGAACCGAUCAGAUAUCAAUCUGGAUUACUGACCUUGACCGAUACCUUAUCACCCAGACUGUGACUCUGUAACUGGGGGGCAAAGUCCGAGGUCAGCUGCUGAUGUCAAUUCUCCGAAUCCACUGCAGGGCCGGGCCUGACCAUGAGGAGUCAAACUCAUAGGGCCUGUCCAGUCUACUGUACAUAAAAUCUAGUAUUUGUAUAAGGGUAUGGUCACUCUGGACGCAUCCGCUUCGUAUUUCUUGCUGUGGAUGCGCUGACGGCAGCCACAAGAGGGACUACAGAGCGAGCUCCCAGCUGUGGCCUUGUGUGUCCGCUUGUAGUGGCGGAUUUCCCGAUGUAAAAAUCCGCACACUGCGAGCAAACACACAGAGGGACAUUUAUCAAUGUUGGCUGUAGUAUGCCGUUUUUCCUGACAGAAUUUUAUUUAUUUUUUUGGCUAAUUUGCGCCAAAUUUACUAUGAAGGUGCACAGCCUUAAUAAAUAUGUCCUCUUUUGAAUUUUACCUCAGCCACGCUGAAAAGGCCGCCUCGACAUGAAUUGAAUCUGCGGCUUGUUUAAAGGGGUAGUCCAGUGCUGAAAGGGGAUAAGUUUCAGAUCGCGGGGGGUCCGACCGCUGGGGCCCC